ACAUGAGACACACCAGCAUGAAGCGCACCCAGACAGCCGACAAUCCUGAGCUGAAGUACGAGGCUGCCAAAGCCACACUCACCUUCGGAGCGACCGAGCCUCCUGCGCCUGGUCUCCCCGCUUUUCAGACCAAGUUCCAUUUCCAACCUGGAGCAAAGUUCGACUCGUUCCUGCACUUUCAUGCAUCGCACGCCGAGUACCUGUAUUGCGAGAAGGGGCGCAUACGCGUGACUAUCGGCGAUAUCGUAAGGAUGGUAGGACCCGAAGAUGGACAGCUUGAGAUUUCUGCUUGGACACCACAUCGAUGGGAGACGCUUGAAGCCGAUGUCGAGACUAUCGUUUGGGAGCGCACCGAUCCGAACGAUGGCCAGAAGGAGCUCUUCUUUCGGAACCUGAUGUCCCUGGUCAACGACCACAAGGGUCUGCCGCCAGUCCUGCAGACAUUCAAGAUUUUCAGCGACUAUGACAACUACCCAAUCAGAGAGGCACAGUGGCAGCUGGCGUUGCGGUCGCUGAUUGUCUGGAUGACGAGCGCAAUGGGGUUCCUGGCGACUCUGGCAGGGUAUCGCAGCGUGUAUAAGGAGUACACGCCGAGGCGUCUGCUCGAAGGCUAGGGUGAAUAGACGGUGCGGCUGCCUGUAAAAAUGGCAUCACGCUGAUAGUCAGUUCUGUGCUUCGAUCUUCCCUGGCUUCGAGGGUGCAGC